CUUACGUAAACGCCUCUUCGACGUCAUCAACCCGAUUCUGGUAGUUUUUGGGGAAGAAAACAUGGCUGCAAGGUUACUGCUAAGAAGCGCCGUCCGGGCCGCUGUGACCCGCAGGUCCUCUCCGGUGCUCGCGCUGAGCAGAGGGAUGGCGGCGGGAGGUAUUCCCACUGAUGAGGAGCAGGCAACUGGACUCGAGAAGAAGAUUAUGAAUGCUAUGAAAACAGGCACAGAUCCUUACAACAUACUGAAGCCCAAGGAGUAUGCAGGGUCAAAGACGGACCCCCAUCUUGUACCGUCCAUCACCAACAAAAGAAUCGUUGGCUGUGUCUGUGAGGAGGACAACACCGCUGUGGUUUGGUUCUGGCUCCAUGAGGGUGAAGCCCAGCGCUGUCCCUCAUGCGGCUCUCAUUACAAACUAGUUCCUCAUGAGCUUCCUCACUGAUCCUGCUGCCUCCAUCGCAGCAUCACAUCCCAGAAUUCCAGAGACCUCAUGACCUCAUUCAUGUUUGUCAUUUUGCAAAGAAGUACAGGAGAUGUAACCUGUUCUCCUGGUGUGGGACACAACAUUUUAACAAUUCCUAAAAUACAGUUUAUUUAAAUUAUUGGAGUGUACUUUUUCCAUUUGGUCUGGUUACACAUAAUAAACAUGCUUACUCUGA